AUGACAGGGGUUCAGCCGAUGCCCUGUCCUGUGCUUCUUGGCAUUGUGACAGGUGGAGGUUUACCUGCCCUCCUGCACAGAUACACAAUUGAGAAAAAAGUAGCAAAAGUGGAGAAAGUCCUCAAAAAAGGUGUAAGCGUUGAUAGUGUGAACAAUCUUGGACAGACAGCACUCUUUUGUGCAUCUCUUCUUGGUUUUACCAGUGUAGCAGAGAAACUCCUGCAGUUUGGAGCGAAUCCAAAUCAUCGCAGUAAAGAUGGAAGCACCCCCGUCCAUGCUGCUGUUUUCUCCUGUAAUCCCUGGUUGCUGAGUUCGCUGCUGGAUGCUGGCGGAGACUUGCGCCUUCAUGAUGAUAAGGGCCGGGUGCCAAAGAACUGGGCAAAGGAAGGUGCUCAGGAGAACAGUCCAAAGAUGCUUGCUUUUCUGAAGAGAUGUGAGUCUCAAAUGCAGAGUUUAUUGCAGACGCAUCUUUCCAGAGAUACAUGUGUCAGUCCAUCUUCAUCGAAGACUCUGCUGAGCUCGCCCUCUAUGCUCAAACUCUUGCGACCUUGGGGAUCUGGGCUCAUUCAUGAAAAUAAAGGUUAUAAGGUGUCUGCCUCUGACAUGAUGAAGCAGUGUUUUGGCCAUGGAAAGUUAUGCUUUGAGAAGCCAGUGAUGAGUCUGGGAUUGUCUGCAUCUGUGCCCUUGAUAUGUCACAGUGACUUGGGUCAAUCGAAUGACGAGCCCCUUAAUUCAUUCAUGUGUGGAUCUUUCAUACGUAUGACUAAUUACAACUGGAAAGGAAGUCGUGUGACUGUUAAGGAGCUACAUGGUCCUGCUUUUCAACAACGUGAAGGACAUGAUGGUGUCCUGGAUCUACUCAUAUAUGAGCAAGAGUAUUGCUGUCAGAUGUCUCACCCACACCUGCUGCUCCUAAUGGCUGUGAGUAUGACUCCUGACCUGGACAGCACAAAGCUGGUUUAUGAGAGAGUGAAUGUGGGGUCUCUAUACAGUCUGCUUCACCAAAGGCGUGAUGAGUUUCCACUCCUCCAACCUGACCUGUUAUCAGUUGUACUGCAGGUGUGUGAGGUGUUAAUGUACCUGCACGGACGCUCUCUGGUUCUCAGAGCCCUUUCCUCACACACUGUGCUCAUAGUACACCCUGGAGUUGCCAAAGUUACAGGCCUUGGGUUUACGGUGCCCAGUUUAGGAACAUGCCCGUACACCCCACCUCCUGUCCCUGUGCCUCUCAGUGUCAUCAACUGGGCAGCUCCAGAAGUGAUUAGAUGGUAGCAUGUACAGAAAAAAGCUGAUCUCUAUAUAGUUUGUAAAGCUUGUGCAUUGCUUUGCACAGAUGAAGUUCCAUGGGGCUCCAUUGAACCACGCUGGAUAAAACGGUCAGUAGAGGCUGGUCAGGCUCUGACAGCACAUCCUGCUGUGCCUGAGCCAUAUUACCAGUUCCUGCAGACAGGCCUUCAGUACAGAGCCCAGGACCGGAGCAGCAGCCUGCAUGAUCUGUGCUACCAUCUACGCUGCCAUAUCAGAGUUUUAUAUAAGCAGUGCAGGGACUACAGACACGAGAGCCAGAAAUAUCAUCAGGAGAGAAUCUACAAAGAGGAAGAAGAGUCCACUACAGGCACUGAUGACCUCCAUUGGGAUUGCUCGCAUAAUGAUAUCACUACUUCGCAUGAAUGGCCUGUUACACAUCAUGCUCCACUCCUGGAGGAACCUUGUUGUAGUGAUACAGACAAGGAUCUGGCUAUCAGUCGCUCUAUCUCAAAGCACACUGGCUCCAUUGUUCUCAACCUUAAAGUGUCUCAGGUUCUUCUACAGCAAGCCGAGGAGAGUCUGGAUAAUGUGGAGGGGGCUCGAGUGAGCGCGCCAUGUUUUGAUGAGGUGGAUGCAGUGGUGAAGAGCGUGAACAUGGAAAAAGAAUGCAGUGGUGGUGUUGGAAAAGCAUUUGGGCCACCAUCUAAUAAUUACUUACCAAAUGAGGGCAUUAUUGCAGAUGAGGAGGAGGAGGACAUUGACUUUAAGAGAUUUGAAACAGCAAAGAGAGGACAGCCACUGAAAAGAGAUCAGAAGUCAGACAGGAUAUAUAUGCAACUUGGGCUAUCAGAGGGCCAGAAAGAUGGCACCCACAAAUCUCUUGAAGAACAUUACCAGACAAAAGCCACAUGGACAAAUGAAGUUAGUGAAAUGGUGGCCCUAAUGGCACUUGGACGUUUGGGGAAACCCUUGGGUGCAGUGGGCAGCAGUGACAGUGAGGAUAAAGAAGAGCAACAGCUCCACCUGCUGGACUGGGAAGAUCACAGCAGCAGACACAGCGUCAACAGCUACCAGGAAUCCGAGAGCCAGGAAAGUUCUAAUCUGGAGCAACUGUUCAAGAGUUUUGCUGGUAUUCAGAGUGAUAGUGAAGAGAGCACAAACUACCACACUAUCAAUCACACUUUUGAUGUGACCGAUGGAGUGGAGUUGUGUUCAGAGGAUGAGGACAGUUCAGAUUACACACAGACACAUUUGGAGGCUUCUAGCAUGUUCUACACACCCAAACACCAGCUGUCCGACAGCGCAUCAGCUGGCGAAGAGCAUUCUCAGUCACUCAGCUCAGAUGACGAGUUAGAUGUCACAGUGGAGGUGUGUCGACCCAGCACAUCUCCAGCAGAGGAAAAACAGGCUGUAGAAAACACCCUGAGUGAAUACCAGCUUGCACAAGAGGACUCAAAGGAAUCUGAAUCCAUCACCCCUGUGCACAGGUGUGUGUCAGACUUGGCAGAGAUUGCAGAUCUCUCCAGUAUAUCCUAUCACCGCUCAACUGCAAGAGUGGGCCAUAGGACUCAUCUUCCUGUUGGCACUGAGCAGCUUCCUCAUCUCCAGAGCCUUUUGGACACAACACCACAGAGCAUCACUUCAUCUCAUACUGUCUGCACAGAGAGCUGCGCCACAGCCAGAUCUGGAGACACCAGCACUGUCAGUCAAUCAGUCAUUAUACUGGAUACAAACCCUCUGGUCCAGCGUCCUGAGGUCUCCAGCGAUAAAGACACGUCUAAGCAGGAAACAGACUCUCCUUCCAGCGCAAACGCAGAGUUCACCACUGCCAGCUCUGGAGCCAGACAGACCACCGAGAGCAGCCAGGGAACAAAUGAAGAGACGGAGCUGCCUGCUGAACAAAAUAAUGAUGUUGAUGAGAAACGUGAAGACCAGUCAUAUUGUGAACACCUGUGUGAGAAAGAGGCUCACGAUGAGGAACGAUUUGAUGAUUAUGGGAUUUCAGAGAGAAAGGAAGAGUGUCGGAUUGAUGACCAGCAUGGAGAUCUCAACUGUGCUGAUAUGGACACUAAAACAGACUCUCAAAAAAGUGAUAAGAGUCCCAGCCUUGAUGAAACUGAGAGGGCAAGUUCCACCCUUGACGAGGAUCUGCAGAAAAUGCUUUUGGAAAUAGCUGCAGGACAGGGAACUCCUAGAGGUCCAGGGGCUCUGGUGUCUCAGACUGAUAUUAAAGGAGAGGGAGAUGUGAGAGACUACAUCGAGACAGCAGACGAUAUAAAUGAGCUUGAAGACAAGACGGAGGCAGCUGAUCAGGAGAAUCAUCCUAGCAGAGUCCUUGAACAGACAUCAGUCCAAGUUUACUGUUAAAGAGGAGAUGAUCUCUCAGAUAUCCUCAUGGUUUCUUGCAUCUGUAUCAGGUUAAGGCAUAUAGUUUAUGUUCCUUUAUGUUGAAUUUACUGUUAAAUGAAAAAUAUCCUUCACAAAUAAUAAUACAAAAUAAUUAGCUUUUAAAAUGUUAUUGACUUUCGUGCAUCAACAGUUUAGGUCGUGCUUGUUUUGACAGUCCAUUUGAUGUUCUGAGAUUGAUGCUACAGGAAGUGUUUUGCUAGGGUCUCAUGUUGCAUAAUCCUUUUAA